AGAUCGUUGAAGAACUUUGAAAUUGGUGGGGAGCGUGAAAGAAUGCCUGAAGCAAUUGUUCAUGCAUUUGGAAUUCUUAAGAAAUGCGCUGCGAAGGUAAACAUGGAAUAUGGCCUUGAUGCAUCAAUAGGGAAAGCAAUUAUGAAAGCUGCUCAAGAAGUGGCUGAAGGAAAGUUAAACGAUCAUUUCCCUUUAGUAGUUUGGCAAACCGGUAGUGGUACUCAGAGUAACAUGAAUGCCAAUGAGGUCAUUGCAAAUAGAGCAGCUGAAAUUCUGGGGCACAAGAGGGGAGACAAAUUUGUGCAUCCGAAUGACCAUGUGAACAGAUCACAAUCUUCUAACGACACGUUUCCAACUGUAAUGCAUAUUGCAGCUGCCAUGGACAUAAAUUCAGGAUUAAUACCAAAGUUGAAACAGUUGCACAAGACAUUAGAGUCGAAGUCUAUACAAUUCGAAGACAUCAUUAAAAUUGGUCGCACCCACAUGCAAGAUGCAACGCCUCUCACACUUGGACAACAAUUUAGUGGCUAUGCCACACAAGUCAAAUAUGGGAUUGAUCGAGUUUUCAACACCCUCCCUCGCAUAUAUCAGCUCGCACAGGGGGGCACAGCUGUAGGCACCGGUUUGAACACAAGAAAAGGAUUUGCUGAAAAGAUUGCUGCAGCAGUAGCUGAGGAAACGGAUUUGCCAUUUGUGACCGCUGAAAACAAGUUUGAGGCACUGGCUGCCCACGAUGCUUUUGUUGAAACAAGUGGUGCCUUGAACACAAUUGCAGUUUCUCUAAUGAAGAUCGCCAAUGAUAUACGUUUCUUAGGAAGUGGUCCACGUUGUGGUCUAGGAGAACUUAUACUUCCUGAAAACGAGCCUGGCAGCAGCAUAAUGCCGGGGAAAGUGAACCCUACACAGUGUGAAGCUCUCACGAUGGUGUGCGCUCAGGUUAUGGGCAACCAUGUAGCGGUCACAGUGGCUGGUUCCAACGGCCAUUUUGAACUGAAUGCGUUUAAGCCCGUCAUCGCCAGUAAUCUCUUACACUCAUUGAGAUUGCUGGGCGACGCCUGUGCUUCAUUUGAAAAGAAUUGCAUCAGAGGAAUCCAAGCCAACAGAGAAAGAAUUUCUAUGCUCUUACAUGAGUCCCUGAUGCUUGUGACGUCUUUGAAUCCAAAAAUUGGGUAUGACAAUGCUGCGUUGGUUGCCAAGACGGCUCAUGAGGAAGGAUCUACCUUAAAGGAAGCUGUCUUCAAACUUGGGGUGCUGAGUCCUGAAGAAUUUGAUAGCCUGGUGGUACCAAAAAAUAUGAUAGGCCCCUUAAACUAAAGAGGAUCAGGCAUACCUUAUAUCUCGGUAACUGCUUCGUCUGGUAAACUAGAGGAGCAGCGAAUACACUCUACCAGAAGAAUAAGAUGUACCUGAAGCUGCAACUUUCGUACAUCAUGUUUUCCACAUAACCUCACUUAAAAGUAUAAAGAAAGUAAACACUUGUCUAUAUCCUACUGGUCUAGAAGCUUUUCCCUUCGCUUAUAUUUCACAAUUUCUUCAAUUCUUGACCUAUUGCGCGCCCCAAUGAUAUUGCUUGCUACACAUUCAUGGAUAUUGUUAAUACAUGAAAAUUUCAAGACAAAGACUUAAAGUUGGCAAACAUGGCUAAUGUUGUGUGCCUUUCAUGGGGGUACGCAGCUGUUUGGAUCAUAAUAUAUUGUACUGCCACCAAUUCAUUAAUAUACUAAUUCAUUGAUUCACAACCAACUCUAGUAUCCAGCCAAGUGUAUCAUAAAUUUCCUAAUCACAUCGUAGUUUUCCUCCUUUUCCACUGAUUUAUUGCUCCAGGAAUACUUUGAUCUAUGAUUCAAUUGAGCACCACGAAAGCAAAUAUCUCAAACCAAAAAUGAAAACACACGAAUUAAUAAAUGAAAAAUAAAAGUACGGCAUCUUUUGACAGAUACAAAAAUCCAAUGGCAACUUUUAGACAGAACAUACCAUGAAAAAAAGGUGUAAUUUUAAUACUCCUUGCACUAGAUAACAUAGUCAUGUAAUAAUGAUAACAAAAUGGAGAGAUCAAAAAAGCUAGGCUGAGACACUGACAAAACCAUAAAGAU